AUGGCCGCGGGGGCGGCGGGGGCCGUCCCGGCUGAGCCGCCGCCGCCGCUGGGCCGCCUGCCCGGAGGAGCCGGCACCGAGCGCGCCCUGGAAGAAGCAGAAGCCUCCGGCACGCUCAGUCUGGCCGGCCGGCGGCUGCGCGCCUUCCCGGCGGCGGCGGCGCGGCGCUGGGACCUCAGCGACACCACACAGGCCGACCUGUCCCGGAACCGCUUCGGGGAGGUGCCGGAGGCCGCCUGCCGCCUGGUCUCGCUGGAGGCGCUGAGCCUGUACCACAACUGCCUGCGCAGCGUGCCCCCGGCCAUCGCCAACCUGCACUCCCUGGCUCACCUGGACCUCAGCCGCAACCAGCUGAGCUCGCUGCCCGCCUGCCUGUGCCUGCUGCCGCUGCGCGUCCUCAACGCCAGCAACAACCGCCUGGCGCGGCUGCCGCCCAACCUGGGCGCCCUGCGGACGCUGCGCCAGCUGGACGUCGGCUGUAACCGGCUGCGGGCGCUGCCGCCGGGGCUGGGGCAGCUGCGGGCGCUGCGGGACCUGAGCGUGCGGCGGAACCAGCUGGCGGUGCUGCCCGAAGAGCUCUCGGAACUGCCGCUGGUCCGGCUGGAUUUCUCCUGCAACCGGGUGGUCGCGAUCCCGCGAUGCUUCCGGCGGCUCCGGCACCUCCAAGUCCUGCUGGCGGACAACAACCCCCUCCAGUUCCCCCCCGCCCAGAUCUGCCUGAAGGGCAAAGUCCACAUCUUCAAGUACCUGGAAGCCGAGGCUGCCGCCCAUCCUCCCCCAGCGUGCCCCCCGGACGAGCCGUGUCCCCUCCGGCAGCGGGGCGGGCUGGACUCCGGCUUCCACAGCGUGGACAGCGGCAGCAAGCGCUGGUCAGGGAACGAGUCCACAGAUGAGUCCUCGGAGCCGUCCCGGCAGCACAGGGAGACACGCCACCACAGCCGUGCCCUCACCGGCGAUGCCCCUGCCGCCAUAUUGGCUGAGGGCACGUAA